UGUGAACCUCGGCGCUGUUAUGGGCACGCGCUCUCAGCUCGGUGUCGCGCGCGCGCACCACUGGGGAAGUAGAAGGCGGAAGAGAGGACGCUGAUUGAACUUUAUGCUAACAUGCUACAAAUAACUUAUCUUAUUCACGACUGACCUCACUUUUUGUAACCUCAUGCGCUUUGACGUUGGGCGAAUGGUCUCAGAACUGCGAGCUGAGAACAGUUUUAAACAGACUUGACUUGAUUAGCAAAGGCUAAACAGCAGCGCAACCGCCACAAGUGACAUUUAGCUCAGUUAGCUCCUGCUCUGAGUUAGCUCCUGCUCUGAGUUAGCUCUACAAGGUUCUGCAAAACACCACCACGUUCAAUGUGACAUAUAGCACCGCAGACGGCCUUGGUGUUUGUUUUUAUCGCCGAAGUGAAGCACGGCGGCGGUGUAAAGCUGCCCGUAGAGCCGCGGACACACUGUGGAUGUGCAGAGCGCUGAGCUCAGUCACGGCGCUAACGCGGAAACAUGUCGGCCCACGCUCAGAUGAGAGCCAUGCUGGACCAGCUCAUGGGGACGGGCAGAGACGGAGACACAAUGCGACAGAGAAUAAAAUUCACAGAUGAUCGAGUCUGCAAAAGCCACCUGUUAGACUCAUGUCCCCAUGACAUCCUGUCUGGAACCAGAAUGGACCUGGGAGAGUGCAUGAAAGUCCAUGAUCUGGCUCUGAGAGCAGAUUAUGAAAUUGCUGCUAAAAAAGAGGAAUACUUUUUUGAGCUGGAUGCUGCUGAGCACCUCCAGUCUUUCAUUAAUGACUGUGAUCGAAGAACUGAGAUGGCCAAAAAAAGGCUAGCUGAGACACAAGAUGAAAUCAGUGCUGAAGUAGCUGCAAAGGCUGAACGUGUCCAUGAGCUGAAUGAAGAGAUUGGAAAGCUCUUGGCCCGAGCGGAACAGUUGGGUGGAGAGGGGAACGUAGACGAGGCCCAACAGCUGUUGGAAAAAGUGGAGAAAACUCGAAUUUUAAAAAAAGAGGCUGAGGAUGUGUACAGAAACUCAAUGCCCGCCUCAAGCUUUCAACAACAAAAACUAAGAGUCUGUGAAGUGUGUUCUGCCUAUUUGGGCCUUCAUGACAACGAUCGACGCUUGGCUGACCACUUUGGUGGCAAACUGCAUUUGGGUUUUAUUGAAAUACGCGAGAAGCUGGAAAAGCUGAGGAAAGCUGUUACAGAAAAGCAAGAAAGAAUGAGAGUAAAAAGACGUGAGGAUAGAGAAAAGGAAGAAAGAGAACGACAGUGGGAGAUGGAGCGUGAGCGUGAAUGGGAACGAGAAAAAGAGCGAGAACGAGAGAGAGAAAGGGAGCGAAGGAGGUCCAGAUCUAGAAGUGGAGACCGGUACAAAGAUGGAAGCAGUUCGUCCUCCCAUCAUUCCCGACGUCACCGCUCUUCCCGUUCGAGGGAAAAAGGCGGAGAUCGGGACAGAGAGCGGAGACAUCGACACAAGGAUCGGCAUCGCUCACAUUCACACUCUCAUAAACACAAGAAAAAGAGAUCUUCAAGAGACCGCUCCUCUCAUACAAGAGAAAGAGAGCGCUCCGUGUCCCAGGAGAAGUGGAAAGAGGGAGCAGCAGAGUAUGGAGAGUGGAACAGCGCGGAGAGGACGUCUUCUCCGCACACGAGCCGCACACAGGAUAGAGAACGAUCUGCGUCCAAUGAGCCGGACAGGCGAUCGAGUUCAGAGGAGCGAGAAUCUGGAGAAAUAUGAACAUGUUUCUUCUAAGUUUUUCCAUUUUGAGUUUUAUUUGUUUAGUAAAACAAGGGGCAUGAAGGGAGACUCUAUGUUGCAAAUGCGUUCUACAUAUGUAUGUUACAAGCUUGACAUUGUUAAACUGCAUAAACUUUGCAAAAUGAAAAUGAAAUCAGCCUAAACUUGAAAUUAUCCAGUUGUAAGAGGUCCAGAAUCACUCAUACCAUUUAUGGCAUCUUUUAUUUUACUGAUUGACAUCGGCAUCUUUCAGUGUUUUUAAAAUUCACUCAGUUACAAAUGUGGUAAUGUAAAACUCAAUAUGGAUGGUGAGUAUUUAAGCAUAUUCUUUGUAUUUUAUAUUUGCCUUGUCCUAUUAAUAUUUCCUUCACAUUUUUUUCUUUAAGGCAUGAGUCAUUAUGCGCAAAGAGCUUGUGUUGGUUAUUAAAAGUCCCUAAAUCUGUCACAUCUAUGCAUAUAUCAGCAAAAUGUGUGCUGCAUUCUGAUCUGUUGAAUACAGCGCUUUACUGUGUUUGUCAAUGUACUGGAGAAACCUGUCAUCAAGUAAAACUUCUGCCUCUA